AUGAUUAAAUUAUUGUUUAUAUUUAUUUUAUUGGUUAAUGUAUUUCAAUAUACACAAUCAAUUGAUUUUCCAUCAAAUUCCAAAUAUGGAAUAUUUUUAAAUACUACAAAUCAAAACGAUGAUAUUAAAUCAUUAACAAGAGAAUAUGAAAAUAUGAUAAAAGAUUUACACAAUUCAAAUAAUAAUAAUAUUAUUGAAUAUGAAAAAUCCCUUAAGGAUAUUAUAAAACAACUUGAUAAAAUCCAAUAUCCUUUAAAUAAUCAUACAACCAAUGAAUUGGAUUGGAUUAAUUUUAAUAAUAACAAUAUAAAUGUACCAAAAAAAAGUUUAAAUAUAGCGAUUGUAGUUUCAAGUUUUGAAGGGAUUUAUUCUACCUCUGGUAUUGGUACAUUGUAUUCGAUUUUGGCCGAUUAUUUAGUGUCAUUGGGUCAUCAAGUGACGGUCAUUUACACCAGAGAUGAAACUACCGAAAAGAUGAGUUUCUAUGAAUGGAAACAACACUUGAAAUUAAAUAGAAAGAUAGAGUUGGUUAAUCUCCCUCCUUUAUCAGUGCCAAUUACCAACACCCCACAUAUCCGUAAAUCCUACCAAGUCUACCACUACCUCAAGAACAAUCCACCAUUUGAUGUUGUCCAUUUACACGAUUUCGAAGGUUUGGGUUACUAUUCAUUGGCCGCCAAAAAGUCUGGUCUCUUCUUUUCCGAGACCAAGUUUAUCACUGGUAUCCACGGUCCAUCGGCAUGGGUUAUCGAAUCCAACACCAAAAGCUCACCUGCUCUCGAAUCUGAAUUGGAAGUUGACUAUAUAGAAAGACGUUCCGUUGAAUGGUCCGAUGUAAUCUGGGCUCCAAGUACCUAUAUGAUCAAUUGGAUGAUUCAACAUAACUGGGAUUUUGGUAGAAAGUCGUUCAACCAAGAUAUGUAUCUUAUGCCAUUCUUACCAAGAACCAGUAGUAUAGAUUCAAAGAUUGAAGAUGAUUCUUCCUCAUCGCCAAUCAAAGAACUUGUAUUCUUUGGUCGUUUAGAAUCAAGAAAGGGUAUUGUAUUGUUUUGUGAUGCUCUUGACCUUUUGUUUACUGGUGAUAAAAAGUCUGUUCCAAAGGUAUCCGUCACCUUCCUCGGUCGUUCAUCCACCAUCAACGAUCAAGAUUCUCUCGUCUACUUGAAAGGUCGUGCUUCAAAGUGGGCAUCCUAUACCAAAGUUUCAUAUUUGCUUGAUAAAUCAUCUGGUGAAGCAAUUCAAUAUUUAAAAGAAAAAAGUAAUAGAUUAGCUGUAAUACCAUCAUUAGAAGAUAAUUCACCAUAUACAUUGUAUGAAUGUUUAUAUGAUAGAAUACCAUUUAUUGCAAGUGCAACACCAUCUAUAUUACCAUUGAUCAAAGAAUCUGAUAGAGAUCAAGUAACAUUUGAUACCAAGUCAUACCAAUUACUUCGUACUCUGUUACAAACCAUCAAGAAGGGAGUUAUAGUAGCAAGACCAACAUUUACACCAACAGAAUCAACUCAAGCAUGGUCUGCAUUCUAUCCAUCCAUCUUUGCUGCAGCUGAAAAGAAACAACACUCUGUCAUUGUUUCUCCUUCAUCGUCUACCACUACUACUCCAUUAGUAUCAAUUUGUAUCACUCAUUACAAUAGACCACAUUAUUUGGCUCAAGCAAUUGAAUCAAUUGAAAACCAAUCAUACAAAAACUAUGAAGUCAUCUUGGUAGAUGAUGGUAGUAAUUCAACUGAAGCAAUCGACUAUUUAAAGAAGCUUGAACCACAAUUCAGACAAAAGGGAUGGAAGAUUAUUAGAACACCCAAUAGAUAUUUGGGAGCUGCCAGAAACACCGCUGCCAAGGAAUCGAGUGGAGUGUGGUUAUACUUUUUGGAUGAUGAUAACUAUGCCUAUCCCGAUGCUAUCGAGUCGUAUGUCAAGGUUGCACUCAACACAAAUGCAGAUGUCGUCACUGCCCCACAUUCCAUUAUUACAAGCUCAGCCGUUCCAAGCAAGGAAUUGAUCACCAAGCAGUGGGUUCCAUUGGGUCCAUCGAUCGUCGUCGGUGUCUUUAGAAACUGUUUUGGAGAUGCCAACUUUUUCAUCAAGAGAAAGAGUUUUGAACGUAUUGGAGGAUUUACUGAAGAGUAUGGCGUCGGUCUUGAAGACCACGAGUUAUUGUCCAAGUUGGCCAUCAACGGAUUCAAGCAGUCGAUUGUCACUGAACCAUUGCUCUACUACCGUAUCCACGAUCUCGUCAAUCAAAUGGUGUUCAAAACCAAUACCAAGAUGAAUCAAAUGCGUUAUAUUCGUCCAUACAGCCAGUUGUUCCAAGGUGACAACAAGCCGUUGAUCAAUCUCCUCGCCAGAAAGGUUGUAUCACACGCUGUCGCCGAGCAAUUUUGUAACAUCACUUUGUCGUCUGUCUCUCCAAGCACCGGUCCAAUGACGGGCGGUACAACGAUUACCAUCUCUGGUUCAGGGUUUUUGGACUGCUCUAUUACACGUGUUCAAGUUGGACCUGGUACUUGUGCAGGUUUGACUGUAUUGUCUGCACGUCAAAUGACCUGUAGAACCUCUCCAAACCAAGCAUCUACACCUUUGGAUGUAUCAGUGUACACUUCAAAUGGUGGGCACUUUACGUUGUUCUCUGCCUUUACUUACACUGCUUUGGGUGCACCCGUUGCACAGGAAUGUGCUCUUGAUCCAACUGGCACUUCCAUCAGCUGUAGAUUCGACCCACAGACCAAAAAGAAUGCCGGAAGCUGCGCAAGCUUCUUCUCGGCCGACACGACUGUCACCUUUGGCACCAACCCCACUUGUCAAUGGUCAGAUGGGUUUACACUGACCAUCACCCUCGGCACCUCUUCGACCAUCUCAGUUGGUGACGCUAUCUCGAUCAGAGCAGGUUCCAUCACAUCACUUGGUGGUGAACCAAACAACCAGCAGACUAUCGAGUUGAUUGGCGGUGAACCAGUACCACCCGUCGCCUCCAUCAACGCUCCAUCCGUCGUCGGACCUUGUAAUGUUGUCGAGUUGGACGGUAGCCGUUCUGCAGGUGGAGGUGGUAGACAAUUGGAUUUCGUUUGGUCUGUCGUAUCUGCACCCGACCAUAUGAAACAACUCACACAGAUUCUCUCAGAUGCAAAGGGAUCUAAAGUCGUCCUCCCCAACAACACACUCACAAUUGGAAGUACCUACGAGUUUGCCCUUAAAGUCACCAACUGGCUCGGCAAGUCUGACAAGACCUCUGUCACCAUCUCAAAGGUAUUCAACGAUGUCAUCACUGUCAAUAUCUUUGGACCUAGUCAGAUCCGUAUCCCAUCCAUCCCCAUUUCACUUGAAGGUGUUGCUUCGGCCAAUGGCUGCUCGGGCAACCAAAACAGCAACUUUGUCUACCAAUGGCGUGUCACUCCCGACCUCUUGGUACCCGUCAAUCUCAAUGGUCGCAGCUUGUUUGUACCAGUCAAUGCCUGGAGAUCGGGUGAAAACUACACAUUCACAUUGUCUGCUACAGCUGGUGACUCGACUGGAGAAGAUACAGUCAACGUCUCGAUCAACAAGAGAAACAUCUUGGCCAAGAUUUCUGGUGGUGACCGUACAUUUGCAAAGGGAGAGAUGAUCACACUCGAUGCCAGCUCUUCAGUCGAUCCAGACAAUAGCGAGGGUAGCGACAGCUCCAUCACCUACUCUUACAAAUGGGUCUGUACCGUAUCCGAACAGACUGUUGGUAAUUGUCCACUCGAGUCGUUGAGCGAGCCAAUCAUCAGCUUCAACUCAUCCGAGUGGGACGCUGGAAAGUAUGUCAUCUCGGUCGAGGUAAUUCCAUCGGACAACAUCCGUCGUAGUGGUGUCGCCAUCACCUGGAUUCAAUUGACCAACUUUGAUUUCAUCGAUGUCACCAUUGACAAGAGCACCAUUCCCGACCACAUUGAUCCAGGAGCCAAGUUAGUUCUCUUGUCUGUACUCCACAACAACCCCAUUCCAAUUGAGAGACUUUCCUUUUUGUGGUCUGUCCUCGAGGGUGACUUGUCGAUCGAUCAACCAUACAGCACCCCCGUCACUGGUAGAAACCUUGCCAUUAAAUCGGGUGCACUUGCUCCAAACACACUCUACACCUUUCAAGUAGUCGUCGAAGAUAAAACCACCAAGGUUCAAGGAGAAGCAACUGUCUCAUUUAGAACCGAAGCACGUCCAUCCGGUGGAAAGAUCAACUGUUACACCAAAAAGGGUGGCGUCAUGGACAAGUACACUUUUGACUUGGGCCGUUCUUGGGCAGCUGCCACUGGUAUCUCUGGUUACAGUUUUAGAUACAGAACCAAGGAUAGUAAUGAAGAGAUCCCACUUUGUGAAAAGUCUGUAUCCAAUCGUUUGACAACCCAUCUUCCACCAGGAGAACUCGUCAUCAUUGGUUAUGUCAUGUCUGGUACCGGUGUUGCAUCCUCAUCGACCUGUGACGUUGUCGUUGAAGCUCCAUCACACGAUCAAAAUGAAAAGGUACUCGACUUUGUCUCGAAUAUCAUCAAAUCCAAAGACACUAACUUUUUCGAACUCGGAACCUCACUCAAGAUUGCCAACUCUGUCGUCGAACCACCAUCUGGAAAGGCAUUGAGUUCAGGGCAAGUAGCUCAAAAAGUUGCAUCCAUCAAGGCAUCGGCCCUCGUCACUAUUGAAAAGCUCACCAAAGAUUUGUCAAGAAAUGAUGGUGUCGACAAGUUACUCGACCAAGCCGACUACUCUACCGAAUCAUCUGAAAACGUUCCAUUGUUGACACCCGAUGAAUCACCUGCUCCAGCAGCAUCUGGAUCACUCGUCAUCACUUCUGAAGGAUUAACAUCUGUAGUUGAUAUUUUAGUUAGUACUACUGAAGAAUCAUCACGUCUCUCGCCAGACUAUCUCAGAAGAUCGUCCAAGAUCCUUAGAGGUAUUACAUUCCACAUGAUCGAGAACCCAGUCUAUCCACGUGGUAUCUAUGGUAGUGUUGAAGUCGUAUCAAACAUUGCCAAGCAACUUUUGAACCAAAUCCCACACAUUGACCCCAAGUAUCGUAGCACUGCUGGUAAUGUCAGUUUUGCCAUCGAAGAGUGUGCCUCCAACAUUGCCAGCGCUGUUCUCUAUCGUCAGACUGCCGGUGAAGAUGCAACCACCAUUUCUCGUAACGGUGUCUCUAUCACAACCUACAAGCACGAAUUGGAAGCACUCCACAAGAAGGGUGGUUUCAUGAGUGGUAUGGAUGGCGAACCAAUCUUUUCCUUCAAGAGAGGUAUUUUCAAGAAUGCCGUCGCAGGUAGCAACAAGACCGAUGAAGUCAGUGCCAAGUAUGUCGUACUCCCAGGAAACACCCAUUACUUUGCCAAGCAUUCACUCGGUAAAUUUGCAGGGAACAAUGUAUUCAGUCUUGAGUUUACUCAACAAGACGGACAAAAGCUCAAUGUCAGCAACCUCGUCGAACCCAUUGUCAUUGACGCUGGUAAAUACUCCAAGAGCUCCGAGUACAAGUGUGUAUGGUGGGAUGAAAAGAAGUCGGAUUGGUCCGACAAGGGAUGUAAAACCGAGAGAGAUGGAGAGACUGUCCUCUGCAAAUGUAACCAUCUCACCCAGUUUGCUCUCUUGCAAGGUAUCCAACAUGGAUCCAAUCUCACUAGAAUCUUUAUCAUUGUUGGCUCUGUCGUAGGUGGUGUUGUAGCUGCCAGUGCUCUCGUCGCCGGUGUUGUCAUUGGUGUCAGAAGAAGAAAGAGAAGAGCUGCCGCUGAUAACAAGGAUGACAAGAAGGAUCAACCAAACAAAAAGAAAAAGAUUGAUCCAGCUGCUGCCAAGACCAACAACAAAAAGGAUAAAUCAUUUGGUAAUGAAAAUGAAGAAGAGUACAUCUACAAUGAAUUCAAAGAGGUAUACGAAAUGGCCAAACAAAAGGAAGUCCAAUCGCUCCAAAAGAAGAAUGGUAUCUGUAUUCCAUCACCAGUAAGCACUCUUGCCGCCGUAUCAAACCAACCAACUCCAGUCGAAUCUUCGCCAUCUCAAUACGGUCCAUACAUUGAGAACCAUUCCCAAGCUGCCUCCACCAUCCAAAAGGCAUGGAGAAAGCGUACUCAAUCACGUUCUCUAGAAAAGGAAUUGGAGGUUGAACAAAUCUUGGACAAUAUCGAUGAAUUGUUAGCUGACCAAACUUCAGAUCCAUUCGAAGCCAAUCAAUACCACUAUGACGCUGAUCCAAAUGUCGAUUAUGACGAUAUCUCUUCAUCAGAUGAUGAUGAUCAAAACUCUGGUGUACAAGCUUAA